UCAAACAGGGGGAGCUCCGACUCCUCGGCCGCCGAGCGGAGCACACACCCCGGCGUUACCCCCACAUGAACCACGCCUUCCCGCCAGUCAGCCAUAUUGAACGUCUCCGCAAAUCGCCUUACGCCGGAUCCGACAACUCGCGCGGUCCCUCCAUGUGUGUCGGAAUCUAUUUCGAAACGUAAACCCCGAGGAGACGAGGAAGAUCAAAACAGACGCGUCUUCUUCCUUUUUCUUUUUUGUUGUUGUUGUUCCCCCUCUCUCUCUCUUUCUCCGUGGCUGCCGGUCCCUUUGUCAAGCCUCCGAAGACCCUGGGCUUUCUGUCAUCCGCUCCGCAGACACGCUUCCCCCCGGUGCUGUGAUACAGGCGUUGUCGCUGUCCUCCAACGGAUUUGUCCUCUCAGCUGUUGGGUGUAAGGAGGAGGGGAAGCGAAGAUGCCUAAACCGAUCAAUGUGCGUGUGACCACCAUGGAUGCGGAGUUGGAGUUUGCCAUCCAGCCCAAUACCACAGGCAAACAGCUGUUCGACCAGGUGGUGAAGACGGUGGGCCUGCGGGAGGUCUGGUUCUUUGGCCUGCAGUACACGGACAGUAAAGGCUACUCCACCUGGCUCAAACUCAACAAGAAGGUGACCCAGCAGGAUGUGAAGAAGGAGAACCCAUUCCAGUUCAAGUUCCGGGCCAAGUUCUUCCCCGAGGACGUCUCGGAGGAGCUCAUCCAGGAGAUCACCCAGAGACUAUUCUUCCUGCAGGUAAAAGAGGCCAUCCUGAAUGAUGAGAACUACUGUCCUCCCGAGACAGCAGUGCUGCUCGCCUCCUACUCCGUCCAGGCCAAGUACGCCGACUAUAGCAAAGACAUCCACAAGCCAGGAUACCUCACUCAUGACAGACUGCUGCCACAGAGAGUCCUGGAGCAGCACAAGCUGACCAAGGAGCAGUGGGAGGACAGGAUACAGACUUGGCAUGAGGAGCACAGGGGAAUGCUCAGGGAGGACUCCAUGAUGGAAUACCUGAAGAUCGCUCAGGACCUGGAGAUGUACGGGGUCAACUACUUCGAGAUCAAAAACAAGAAGGGCACAGAGCUGUGGCUGGGAGUGGACGCUCUGGGGCUCAACAUCUAUGAGCACGAGGACAAAUUGACACCAAAGAUUGGUUUUCCCUGGAGUGAGAUUAGAAACAUCUCCUUCAAUGACAAGAAGUUUGUCAUAAAACCAAUUGACAAGAAGGCUCCAGACUUUGUGUUCUACGCCCCACGCUUGCGCAUCAACAAGCGUAUCCUGGCGCUGUGUAUGGGGAACCACGAGCUGUACAUGAGGAGGAGGAAGCCGGACACCAUCGAGGUGCAGCAGAUGAAGGCUCAGGCCCGGGAGGAGAAGCACCACAAACAGAUGGAGAGGGCUCAGCUGGAGAACGAGAAGAAGAAGCGAGAGCACGCAGAGAAGGAGAAGGAGAGGAUCGAGCGCGAGAAGGACGAGCUGAUCGAGAGACUGCGACAGAUCGAGGAACAGACGCUCAGGGCCCAAAAAGAGCUUGAGGAGCAGACCCGCCACGCCUUGGAGUUGGAGCAGGAGAGGAAGCGUGCGAGGGAGGAGGCAGAGCGGUUGGAGAUGGAGAGACAGAUGGCGGAGGAGGCCAAGUCGGAGCUGGCCAAACAGGCUGCGGACCAGAUGAAGAACCAGGAGCAACUGGCUGCUGAAUUGGGCGAAUUCACAGCAAAGAUUGUGCUCCUUGAGGAGGCCAAGAGGAAAAAGGAGGAGGAGGCCAUUGAGUGGCAGCACAAGGCAAUGUCGGCGCAGGACGACUUGGAGAAGACCAAGGAAGAGCUAAAGGUGGCCAUGACGACGGUGCCCGUGCCGGCGGGCGGGAACGCCGAGAGCGAGCACGAUGAGCAGGACGAGAACCAUGCGGAGGCCAGCGCCGAGCUCUCCAACGAGGGCGUCAGCCAGCUGGACCUGCGCAGUGAGGAGGAGCGCGUCACGGAGGCUCAGAAGAACGAGAGGGUGAAGAAACAGCUGCAGGCGCUGAGCUCAGAGCUGGCCCAGGCCAGAGACGAGACCAAGAAGACCCAGAAUGACAUGCUACAUGCUGAGAAUGUCAAGGCGGGCCGAGACAAGUACAAGACGCUGCGCCAGAUCCGACAAGGCAACACCAAGCAGCGCAUCGACGAGUUCGAGUCCAUGUGAGAGCGCCGCCAUGCCACCUCACCCCACCCCUCCCGAUAUUGCCCCGCCCCGCCUCUCCCCUUUGUUGAAAAUGAAAAAAAAAGGGGGGGGUCUCCUUGCCUCCCUUCCUCCCCAAUUCCAACGGCCGCUUGCUUUUUCAUGGACAACAAACGCUGCCGUCUUUGUAAUCCCAUUCCCUUGAAAGUGAAAAACAAAAUUGUAAAAAAGAUUAAAAAAAAUGCGCAGGGAGCAAAAAUCCUGAGGGGCGCGGCUGCUGCCGCUGCCUCGUCAAAUUUUACUUUGCCAAAGUUCCGCAAGCGUCUCUGGUCUGAGCACGUGCGGAGCCGCCCUCGCCAUUGCACCACGCCGCAUGUUCAGGUGGCUGUCGCUCGUUCAACCUCCAGCGUGGGGGGAAAAGAGAAACCGUCAAACUAAAACAGAAGUGAUUGGGGUUUGCUUUUUUUUUUAAUUAUUAUUUUUAUUUUAUUAUUAUUAUUAUUUUAAAGCAAACACAGCCAUGAAAAGCUCAUUUCCUUUCAUUUUUGUUUUGCUUGAGAAACUAACCCAGAGCUUUGGUAUGUCUUCAGUUUCCAUGUCUUCACUUAGAAGAAGAAAAAAAAUUUUUUUUUUCCUUGUUCAAGUUCUUUUCCUCUGCUCUGCUGUAACUGCAGUCGUUUUUACCGACGUCCUGUUCUUUUUAGUUGCUUGUAUACAUUGAGAUAUUGGGGGUGGUCCCCAGGAAAAGGAAUAAAGGCUUGAGUUUUGGGAUAAAUUGCUUUUUUUUCCUUUUUUUUUUUUUUGGCCAUUUUCACUCUGCUCUUCAUCAUGACACGUCACAACAUUUCAGUAUGUAACAAGGCCCCUACCGGGGGUUGAGUUGGUUCACUGUCGGUCGAGUCAAAUAGUUUGCCGGCAAGACGAGCUGCAGCUGGAAAGCGGGGUCGACAAAUUGAUGCACAGCUUGAACGUGUUUGUUACAACUAGGCUCGUUUUUUAGAGCGGCGCAGGGACGAGUUCACAAAUAUAAUUUCACAUUCAAUUGGAGGGGAACCCCCCCCCUUCUUUAAAUCACUGAUUUGAAAAGAAAGCGAGCUGACCUUCUUGUGGGCUAGAUGCCCGGCCUGUCGCGCGACUGCUUUAGAUGAAUGAAUGUAGCACAGGGAACAAAGGGAAACCGGUGUCUCCACACAUGCAGGCACAGUCAGAUUGUACCCCUGAGCAGCAAACGUGGAGGUAAGCUGUUGCCCUCUGCUUGCUAAGUGUAAUGAGGAUAAGCUGAUGAAGAGGGCUGUGGGUGUGUGUCUUUUUUUCCCAACUGCACCCCAGUGUCUGAUGUCCAGUCUCCAUAGAUGGUUUUCUCUGCCUACCAGCUCACAGAGGAAUCCAGGGACGUUGGAAGGACAGGCGUACAGACGGACAAUUGCCAUGUCCGGCCUGUCCACCUGUCCAUCCAGUUCUGUGUGUGUGUGUGUGUGUGUGUGUGUGUGUGUGUGUGUGUGUGUGUGUGUGUGUGUGUGUGUGUGUGUCUGGGAUCUGGAACCUCUCUGGCCGGAGAGCUUAUGAAAACAUCAGUCCUUGUCCGGGACUACCUCUCUACCUCAACACUGUCACCUUGGUGACUGACCAAUCAAACACUGUGGCUGUCCAGAGUCCCCUCCCACAAAAUGUUCUGAAUGGCUAGAUGUUGGAUUUUUUUUUUUCGUGAUGUGUUGUGUGCGCAGGCUAAGCUUUGCUUGACUGUAGCCUUGAUCUCCAUUGUGGCUUCUCGUUGGUUCAGAUUUCUAGAGAGCCGUUCCAGUUUAGUUUCAGGUGUAUCUCUGAAUUAAGGAGGUGAGAUUUGAAAUGUGACCUGUUGAUGUUUGAAACUGGUUUUGUGCAUUGGCUUCUCUUGGACCUCACCUUGCUCUUUUUUUCCCCCCUUUUUUUAAAUUCCAUAAUUUCUGUGAAUUCAGUUUCUGAAAAAAAUCCCCUGUAAUGCUGAUGGUGAAUGUGAAUUCUGCUGCCAAUAUUAUAAACUGAAGAGUGUGAAGCAAGCAUGCCCGAAGAGGCAAACUUGCUAUGGGUCUGUUCUGUUUUGGAGUCGGUUUAAACCGGGUUGUGGAGAUGCACGUUGGCUUUCUCUGAGGACUCCACACACACUUUCAUCAGAUUCCUGUCACGGUCCACAAUAGUCUCCUGGUUCUGAGGACCUGGAAGGGAGCUUGCUUAUGCUACUGGCUUGACCCGCAAAACUGCUUUUGGACUUUUAGACCCAUGCUCUACAACGAAAGCCCCCCCCUUAACUUGGCAUGUCUGACUGGAGCUAUCGACUUCUCCGCCACGGCUCCACGAUGGGGAGACAUGACGAUGGCGGACCCCCUACCAAUCGAUUCCUGGAACCGAGAGACUCGUGAAUCGGUGCAGGAGUUGAGAUGUUAACCAUUCUCCAACUUAAAGGAUGUUCCCUGUUCGGCACCUCUGUCGUGUCCGGGGAAAAAAGUAAAUGAAUUGCGCUUUUCAGAGACGAGAGAACUGGCCAACCCCCUGCCGCCACCUCAUAUAAUUUUGAUAAUUUCCUCGAUAAUUCUCCAUCUUUACUGGGAUGGGGGUAUUCCCAGUUGCAUUUAUUUUUAAUGAAUGAAUCUCAUGUUUGUUUGUUUUUUUUUUAAUAUGGUAAGACAAGUUGAUGGCAUUGUUUAAGCUACACUUCACAAACUGGUGUUGGUUGAUAAUUUUGUCUUUUUUUUCCUGUUUUUAGCAGCCAGUUUUACAGUGAAAGUAUUUGAAUAUGAAACGUGACACGGAAACUUGCCUUUCCUUUUUUUUUUUUUUUUAGUUUAUAUCAGCAAAAGUGUUUUGUGUUUGCCAUAGCAGGCGAAUCAGUAUUCAGUGCUUUCAACCAAUGCAUAUUUUUGUAUGGUUUUCCAAGUUGUUAUAACUGGCAGCAGCACACGCACCGGUGAACUUGGGCGGUUCCGUUGGAGGCAUAAUGGGUCUGCAGACAACCAGUGCUGGGGCGUGGGCGUGUCGGCACCCAUCCCAACCCUUAGCAACCCGACUACAUGUGUCGGCACGCCCAUUUUAUCUUGGAAAUUAGUUUUUGAUUGGCUAAAUUAAAAUGAGUACGUUACCACGCCCAUCCUCGGUUGGUGGAGAAUUGCAAGGCGGUGACUGGCUAAGUUAAAAAUGAUUGCCAGUUAGCACACCCAUCAUUGGUCCGCCUGUCCUCUCCAAUGAAGCCACCGUUCGUGAUGCUGCCCGGCCGGAUACAAGCUGUCACUUUUCGCCGUUGAGUUUCUUUUGUGUUUUAGGUUAUAGCCUUCUGGAAAUCUUAGAAAGCACACAGAUGGAUUGAAGUCCGUUCCAUUGGUUCAUGAAUAAAAGUUUAAAGAAAAAAAAAAAA